UUGAAUGUGGCAAUACAAUACGGUAUCUCGUCGCUCUUUCCUUUUCUCAGCUGUUUUGCCAUUGAUUUUUGCGCAAAUUUUAGGUAAUAGAAUGGAUUUGGAAACGGCAAAAGGACGACAUUCAGUGCUCAAACGAAAGGCUAACGAAUCCCUACAAAAUUUGAUGGAUAUUACGCAAGCAUCAGCAGCAAAACGGUAGAAAAUCUUUUUUUUCACGAGAAAACCCGGGUAAACCAGCGUUUCUUUUAUUUCAGAAAAAGUCAGAUACAGAAAUUACGCGAUAAUGAAUUGUAUAAAAAAAUCAUCCGCACUUAUAAAUCGCCAAUUUGGUCGGGAUGCGCUGUUUCGCCUCGUGAUUUGGCCGAUUUCGGAUGGACUUGUAUCAAGAAGAAUACGACGAAAUGCGUGGAAUGUGAACAGAUUUUGUCGACGGUUUUACCAAGUAUUUCGUCAGUUAGCAUAAACGUUUAUAAUACGUGUUUAAAGUAAGUUUUUGCGAUGAGUUUCGAAACUGAUUUCGCAAGAUUUGCUGACCGAAAUAACGUUUUUUUAAUGGUAAAUUCCAGAUUUAUCGAGAAAAUCCUGGAUUUUCAGCUUUUUAAAGCACUGCAAGGCAAAUCUCAAAGCGAAAUAGUUUCCUAGUGUCAAAUAUCGGAUUUUCGACUAGAUUUGCAGUGUAAAAUCUAAGAAUUGAAGUUCCCCCUGGUUUUUUCAAGUAAAAUAUAUCUAUAUUUACCUGGAGCUCCUGAAUUUUAUCCAAUGUUUUCUGAGAAGCGAAAAUAUUCUGCCUACCUAUUUGAAAAAUGAAAUGAUUUCAAAUGCAAAAUUCACACGCUAUUUUAAAUAGUUCACGCGCAAACAAAUCAUGUGAUUUUUAUAAAGUUUUUCAUAAUAAAUUGUCACAUGCAGAAUUCUAUUGAUUUUUCCAGGUGAAUGAGAAGAAUGUAUUGAUUUCUGGCUUGAAUUCUUUCAGGUUAUCCAGGAAUCAAUACUUUCUUCUCAUUUACCUGGAAAAUUCAAUAGAAUUCUGCAUGUGACAAUUUAUUACCUAUAAAAAUGAAAAACUUUAUAAACAUCACAUGAUUUUAGCGCGUAUAUUUUACUUGAGAAAACCAGGGGGAACUUCAAAUUCCCCAGUCAAUUCUUAUAUUUAGAUUUUAGACUGCAAAUCCAGUCGAAAAUCUGAUAUUUGACACUAGGUAACUAUAUUUCGCUUUGAAAGAGCUGUUCAGAGCUGAAAACUAGCUGAUUUUCAUGCAAAUCUGAUAGAAUAGGGGUUUUCAGGAAGCUCAAUAACAUAACUUUUCAAAACUUUUGAACCCAUGUUAUUGAGCUUCCUGAAACCCCCUUUGUUAUCAGAUUUGCGUGAAAAUUAGCUAGUUUUCAGCUCCGAACUUUUCCACUUACAAGAAUAUCUCAUAAUAGGAGUUGAGUUCUGCAAUUUCAGACAUCGGAAAAGUUGCCAGCGCGUCAAAAACUAUCUUCGAUUUUUCAAUUAUCUGAGAUUUUCAGCCAAAUUAUGAAGCGAAAUAUAGUUUCCUAAUGAGAAUUCUGAUCGAUUAUACUGUCAAAAACCCUUCUUAAAAUCACAAUUACAGAAAUGUGCAUGCAAAAAUGGUGUCAGCACAUCGUCCAACAUGCCGCCAAAGAGCCGGUGCUCCACCAUUUCGAAUCAUCGAACCAACAUCAAAAGAGAUUCUCGACGAAAUCCAACAACGUCUUUCAGCAGCCACUUCAUUCAGCGAAGAGGAUAUCGUUGUAGAAAACCAGUUAUCCGAUGUAACAGUUCCGAAAAUUGAGAAAUUUUCCGAGAAUUUUGUAUAUGUUGCUGCGAUUGGUUGGAAAAUUGCCAAAUUCAAGCGUGGUUAUAUUUCAUUUAAUUGUGAUCAUUGUGCAAGAGAAUUGAUUAUUAAAACUGGCGGAAAUUUCGAUCCGGUUAGAAAUCAUGAACGUUGGUGUCCGAGAAUUGAUAAUAAUGAUAAUGGUGAACCGAUUUGGAAAACUGAUCUCAAUAUUGUUUUGAACACUAAGAAUAAGGUGAGAAUUUCUAUUAAAAUUGAUGUAGGGAACGAUUUUUCAUUAAAAUUUCAAUUUUUGACGUCUUGGAACAAAAAAAUUGCCAGAGAACUCAUUUUUUCAUGGAAAUUUGGAAUUUUUGAGGUUCUGGACUUCAAAAAUCGAUCCAGGACUCAUUUUUUCAUGAAAAUUUCAAAUUUCAACGUCCUGAGCCCAAAAAUCGCUCCGAAACCCGUUUUUCUCAUGAAAAUUUCAAUUUUUGAAGUCUUGGGACCAAAAUUUGCCACAGAAUUAUUUUUUUCAUAAAAAUUUCAAAUUUUAAAGGUUUCGGAGCCAAAAAAUUGCUCCAUGCGUCAUUUUUCAUGAAAAUUUUAAUUUUUGAGGUUUUGAAACCAAAAAUUGCUUCACGACUCAAAUUUUGAGGUUCUGGAUUCCAAAAAUCGCCUCGGAACCAGUUUUUUAUCGGAAAAUUGAAUGUUUGAAGUCCUGUACUUAAAAAUUGCUCCAGAACUCAAAUUUCAAGCUCCGGGACCUGUUUUUCAUCAAAAUUUCGAAUUUUAAGGUUUUGGCACUAAAAAAUUGCUCAAAUACUAAAUUUUUACCAGAAAAUUUCAAUUCUAAAGGAUUCGAAGCCAAAAUUGCUCCACGACUCAUUUUUUCAUGAAAGUUUCAAUUUUCGAGCUCCUGAACCCUAAAAAUCGCUAUAAAGUUCGAUUUCCCAUUUAAAAUCCAAAUUUCAACGUCCUGAGCCCAAAAAUCGCCCCAUAGCCGGAGAUUUUUUGGAAAAUUUCAAUUUUUUGAGCUCCUGAAUCCGUAAAAAUCGCUAUAAAACUCGAUUUUUCAUGAAAAUUUCCAAAAAUUUUUAUUUUGAAAUGAAAAAGAUGAGAAACUUCAAAGUUCGAAUAAUUAGAAAAUUUCCCAACACUUCAAAAAUUUCUAGAUUUUUCACUUCAAACUUUCUAAAUUUCCCAAAUUCCAGACAACCUCAUGCAGCUCCUCCUCCUCAUCCUCCUCCGCAACAACUCCCCAACAUUUCGCCUCAAUCAUCAAAGAAGUGUAUUCAUCUCGUCGUUUAUUGAACAAUUCCGUCUCAUCAGUUCUUCCGCCGCCAUCUCUCAUUUGA